CUUGCUGCAGCAGUCGCAGUACAAACGCACACCACUACCUCGACUCUCCUCUGUUUCCGCUUGCUUGCCCUGUUUCUAGCUAGCCCGGAGGCCAGGACCCCUGCUCUCCGCUCGCUCGCGUGCCAUACAGAGUCGACAGCCAUGGUGGUGCUCGCCAACCCGCCUGUCGUCGACCAGAUCCCCCUCCUGCGGUCCCCGGACCCCGGGGACUACUUCUCCGGCGUGCCGACCGUCGACCUCUCCAGCCCAGGCGCCGCGCGGGCCAUCGUCAACGCCUGCGAGCGCUUCGGGUUCUUCAAGGCCCUCAACCACGGCGUGCCCGCGGCCACUAUGGACAGGGCCGAGUCGGAGGCCGUCAGGUUCUUCGCGCAGGCGCAGGAAGAUAAGGACCGCGCCGGCCCGGCCAACCCGUUUGGAUACGGCAGCAAGCGGAUCGGGCUCAAUGGCGACAUGGGGUGGCUCGAGUACCUCCUCCUCACCGUCGACUCCGCGUCGCUCUCUGACGCCUGCGCCGUCCCCUCGACCGCCGCGUUCCGGGGCGUGCUCAACGAGUACAUCGCGGCGGUGCGGAAGGUGGCGGUGCGGGUGCUGGAGGCGAUGGCGGAGGGGCUGGGCAUUGCGCCCGCGGACGCGCUGAGCGCGAUGGUGACAGGGGAAGGGAGCGACCAGGUGUUCCGCGUGAACCACUACCCGCCGUGCCCCGCGCUGGAGGGUCUCGGCUUCAGCGCCACCGGCUUCGGCGAGCACACCGACCCGCAGCUCAUCUCUUUGCUCCGCUCCAACGGCACGUCCGGCCUGCAGAUCGCGCUCGGCGACGGCGGGCAGUGGGUGUCCGUGCCCUCCGACCGCGACGCCUUCUUCGUCAACGUAGGAGACUCGUUGCAGGUGCUGACCAAUGGGAGGUUCAGGAGCGUGAAGCACAGGGUGGUGACCAACAGCCUCAAGUCUAGGGUUUCCUUCAUCUACUUCGGAGGGCCACCACUGGCGCAGAGGAUUGCACCGUUGCCGCAGCUGCUGGGGGAGGGCGAGCAGAGCCUGUACAAGGAGUUCACAUGGGGCGAGUACAAGAAGGCUGCGUACAAAUCGAGGCUCGGUGACAACAGACUGGCCCAGUUUGAGAAGUAGCAACAGAGCAGGGCCGCUCAGGCACCAACUUUACAAGACAGCCAGCCAGGCAGAGGCAGCUAAGCUAGCUGCCACUAGUAGCAAAUGCCCGUCACACACCGUGAAGAGUUGGAGAGGAAUUCAAGUUACUCUACUUGGAAGAGACAAUGGAAAAGAAGAUAAAGAUGCAGAUGUGUACAGCUGGGGAGCUAGCUAGAUAUUUGUUGUGGUGGGUGCACGGUUUCCGCAAGUGGCUAAUGAUAUGUUGUGUGGUGGGGCCCCUUGCCUAUUUCGGAAUGCUGAGGACGAGCGAUGAAGGGCUCGUUUGGGUGAACUCUCACUGGUACAAAUUUUCUUAGAGAAUUAAUUCUGUGUGAAAAGAGAUUUUAUGGUUAAUGAUUUUUUAAAUAAA